AUGGCAAAGCAUGACAGUAUGUUGUCAAUAGCUAAGAACUCGGUACGACACAAUCUAUCGUUGAAUAAACAGUUUCGAAGAUUGGAUCGGAAAGAAGGAGAAAAAGGAUCAUUAUGGGUUUGCGUCGAUACCCCAGAGAAAAGACCACGUUCACUGGAAGGCUCACCUCCUAGGAUCAAUCCAGCCAUUGAACGACUUUACAUGGAAGGUCGGCUUGCUGAUAUAGCGGUUGUUCCAUCAAACAAACCCGUAGCUAGCAAGUCUGCCACUGAUCCUCAAUGCUUCUUAGAGAACAAUACUCAUCAGGAGCAGAUAUCUAUGUCAGAAGAUGCACAUUUAGAGGUGAUAAAAUUCUGCGCAGAUGACGAGAGCUCUGCUCAUUUUACGCAUGUUUAG